CAGUUCGCAAAUGAAGUUUCUCUCUCCUCUCGCCCGCCAUUUCAGAAACUAUGGCAAUCACCUCUGCAACUACGAAGACCCUAAUUUUCCACAACAACACAGACUUUUCUCCUGGGGGCUUUGGCUUCCAAAGAAGAAAGAUACGACGGAUUUCUGUGAAUUGCAGGUUUAAUGAAGUAGAUACAAUACAACAUGCGAAAGAGAGUUGCUCCAGGAGGAAAGUACUUUUGAUAUCAAUGGCUGGUUUUCUUAUGGAGGCCUUUGAUCAGUCUCAAAAGGAUAAAGUUGCUAUGGCAUCUGAAUUUGCAGAUAUGCCUGCACUCCGAGGGAAGGAUUAUGGAAAAACAAAGAUGCGGUACCCUGAUUACGUAGAAACCAAGUCUGGUCUUCAAUACAAGGACUUGAGAGUAGGUAGUGGCGCCUCUCCAAAAAUGGGCGAGACAGUUGUGGUUGAUUGGGAUGGUUAUACGAUUGGUUAUUAUGGUCGCAUCUUCGAAGCUCGAAAUAAGACAAAGGGUGGUUCAUUUGAGGGUGGUGACAAAGAUUUCUACAAAUUUGUACUUGGAUCUAACCAGGUUAUACCGGCUUUUGAGGAGGCUGUUGCAAGUAUGUCUCUAGGUGGUGUUCGAAGGAUCAUAGUGCCGCCAGAGCUGGGCUAUCCAGAUAAUGACUUCAACAAAAGUGGCCCAAGACCAACAACUUUCUCGGGGCAGAGAGCUCUGGACUUUGUGCUGAAGAAUCAGGGCCUCAUCGACAAGACUUUGUUGUUUGACAUAGAGCUUAUCAAAAUCAUGCCAACUUGACAACCUAUCUAGGUUGUGACCCACUCUUCUUGUGUCUGAGUGGUGAUUUUCUUGUAUACAAUGUAUUCAUUAGGAUAUUACUGCUUUAUUUAUGAAAUGAGGCGGCAACUUCUCUAUUU